UAGAUCCAUAGCAACUGGUACGCCAUUUUUGAUCGUACAUGUUACACAGCUCUAGGAACGUGGAAUAAUUAAUAUAUUUUGCAGGUUAUAAGUAAUCAAACACUCUCAAGAUGGAGAUUGUUUAUGUCUAUACGAAGAAGAGGGCAGAGUUUGGGCGGCAGUGUAAUUUCUCUGACAGAGAAGCAGAGUUGCACAUUGACAUCCUGCCAGACCCGAAGGAGUCAGAGAAUUACAUCGAAAGAAACCCGGUUGAUAUCUCCGUACAAUGUGCUGCUGAGAUGUCCGAACAUGAAAUCAACACAGAAAGAUUUGAGACAGAGGUAAGAGGAAUCAACCACACAGAGGGUGGCUGGCCCAAAGAUGUAAAUCCACAAGAAGUAGAGCAAGUAUUAAGAUACAGAAAGAAAGUGGAGAAAGAUGAGAUGUACAUCAACACUAUUCAACAACUCAGCACUGUGAUGGAACAUUGCAUCAAACAAAACAAUGCUAUUGAUAUCUAUGAAGAAUAUUUCGAUGAUAUUGAUGUAGAUGAUAUGGAUGAAACACCAACAGCCAAAACAAUCAAUGUUUUCAGAGAUCCUUGUGAUCCCAAGCGUACCAGCACACACAUCUCCUGGUUCCCUGAUGGUCCUAGAAAGCUGGCCAUAGCUUACUGUAACCUGGAGUUCCAAGGGUCCUCCCCAGAUACUAGCAUGGACUCAUAUAUANUAUUCUUUGUGAAUGGAUUAUGUUUACUGGAUACCAAGGAGAUGGGAUCUUCAGAUGAGUGA